AGUUGUUGACGAAGAAGGUUCAUAGCUUAAAAAUGAGGAGAAAAGUUUUCUUUACUUUUAACCUUCUCUUGAGUUUUUCAAGUUCAAAAGCGGAUAUUCCAGACUGCAACUAUUACGAUACUGUGGACCUGUCACAUGUUGAAAAGCAGAAUGGUUCCUAUGAAUAUGAAGGCAUCGUAAUUCCCGCUAACCUAACAGGUGAGUAUGACUUCAAGAUGAUACCAUAUGGAGGAAGGCAGCCAGAAACGAAACAUCUGAGAGGAUGCGUUUGCCAAGUCAAACCUUGCAUACGGUUCUGCUGUCCCCGCAAUAAAAUGUUACCCAAUGGCGGAUGUAGCGACGGUUUCGAGGAGGAACUUUCCCGAUCAAAUCCCUACCUGAAUGUGACAUUCGAGGAUGAUUCUAUAGAGACUCGAUAUAUCAACAACCAGACCAUAAUGAGGACCCAAUACUUCGAGUGUGAUGAGAUGCUAGGCCUUAGGGCUGGCGAGUACGCGAUCUUCGAGAAUGGAACUAUAUAUAUUAAGUCAUUCAGUUCGUAUUUGAAUAUAGAGGAAUACUGCUUUUAUCCCCAUUCGGGCUUCCAAGAAACUUUAUGGAUUGUUCUCCACCACUGCUCUGGCGUAUGGACGAAGGAUGUUCAAACCCCCGUGAUGGUUUCGAUUGUAUGCCUCAUCCUUACCAGUGCCAUAUAUCUUUACGUAAAGGAGCUACGGAAUGUCCUCGGGAAGUGCCUUGUUAGUAGCUUUUUAUGCAUUAUUAUUGAAUAUAUAUUCCUUUUGCUGGAAAAAUCAAGUUUAUUGAACGAUGUGUGCUCUCUAGUUGGUUAG